AUGCUUGAUGGAGUCCGGGUGCUGACGCUGGCACUGAUGCUCCUGGCGGCCGGGAAAGCUCAGGGGUGCUCUCCUGGGGGAUACCAGUUUCUUCAGAGCCCUUAUAGAAGUGUCAAUUUUGACUCCCUGGGCCUCCAGCAGUUAGCCAUUCAAGACCUGAUAUGUGACCACUCCCUUUCUCCCUGAUGGUAUCGAUUUCUCCUCUUUGACAGACCUGCUAAGAUGCCAACCAAAUGUGUCGAGAUGAACCACUGCGCAACACUGGCCCCCAUCUGCCUGUCUCUGAACGAUUCAGAAACACUACCUCUACCUGGGGAGAUCAAGCAAUUGACAGCUUGUGCCACAUGGCAGUUUUUGUUCAGCACUACAAAAGACUUCUGUCUUUUUCAAAUCCCAGUGUCCAUAAGAAACUGUGGAAAGUUUUUUGUGUACUUACUACAACCCACUCAGGGAUGUAUGGGAUAUUGUGCAGAAGGGUUCUUUGCCAAGAUGUUCAAAUCCUCAAAACUAUCUGUUAAUGUGAAAGUAUCAACAGUUAAUAUCAGCAGUGAUAAUGUAUACCCCAAAAUUGAUCAAACUUUUAAUAAUUGUGUUGCUUUUAUUAAUGAAUGGAGGAUUUUACCAGGAAAAAGCAUGUUUGACACAAUGCCAGUUUCUCUGCCAUCACCUAGAAAACAAUCCUAUUGUAGCUACUCAAUGGACACUACUUCAUUGUAUCCAUCUUCUAAUCAUCUGGAAAGUGUUUCUCAAUCAGAGAUUGUUUCAGCUUGCAAAGACCCCAAACAUGUCAAAUUCGCUUCCUUGAUAGAGCUAGAUGUCACCUCUGAAUAUAUUAAUUCAGAAGCUCCUGUCAGAGGAAUAAACAAGCAUACAUCUCGAGAAAAAAAUAAUUUGGAUUUCUUUCCUCAAGAAAAAAAGCAUGUGAAUCUAACCAGUCUGGACUUAAAUUUACAAAAACAUCCUGGGAAUGAAAAACAAGAUGCAUCAAAAACUUUGGACAAGGGGAGACGUACACAGGACAAGGGUAAUCACAGCCAAGAAAUAAGGUGGGAUCGACAAAACAGAUGGAAACAGCAAAACUUCAGUGAGUUUCUUCCUUUGUUUGCUUUUCAAAGUCUCAGCCAAAGUGACCUAGAAGAGUUUACUUACUUUUUCCCUGAGGACCAUACUGAGGAUGUCCACCAAGAGUUUGUCCCCACGUGGCCCACACCAUCUGGCCACACCGAAUACAGCACAUCGGCACUAUGCCAGCACACUCUUGCCAACUCCAGCAUAGGAAUGCACUGUCUUGCCUUUCUUGGCAAGAGACUAGACAGUGUGAUCGAGAUGUGUUUUAAGGAUGUUCUCCUAAAAGAUCAUCUUAGCUGGGCAGAAGCAGGUGUGGCCCUUUUAGAAAAUGAAUGUGAAAAGAGGAUUUUGGAAGAGGGGAAAUAUAACAGAGAAGAAUACAUCAAGUCAAUUAAAGACAUUCUCUUGUCAUUAAAAUGCCCCAAUUUAUGCAGUGGCCAUGGGCAGUGUAUGGAAUGGGGAUGUGCAUGCUCCCCAGGCUUUAGUUCCUAUGAUUGCAGUGAUUCACACAACAAGGUUCCUGAAAUUAUAGAACUUGAGAAUGCUGGAUUGUGUAAUAUUCAAAAAUAUAACUGUAUGAUGGUGAGAGUUUUUGGUCAAGGCUUCAAAGAAUCACCUUCAAUUAAAUGUGAAGUUACUAAACUGAAGUUGAAACAGUUUUUAAAUAAAUUUACUACACAUACUGUGGUUCUCACAAGGUCUGACAACAGUGUAACUAAGGAAGAGGAUGGUAAAAAUGCCCAUCAGGGGGAGAGGAAUGUUAAGCCAACAAAUGGAAAUGCCUCUACCAUUUGUAGGCAUCCAUGUGGAAAAAACAGGGAGUGUGUUGCCCCAAACAUAUGCGAACGUAAACCUGGUUACGCUGGUUCUAACUGCCAAACCACUAUAUGUCAUCCUGAUUGCAGAAACCAUGGAAAAUGUAUUAAGCCUAACAUUUGUGAAUGCCCCCCAGGACAUGGUGGAGCUACCUGUGAUGAAGUGGAGAGUUUAGGAAAUGGCAUUCCUAAAAUGGAUAAUAUUAACUGUAGACCACCUUGUCAACAUGGUGGCACCUGCUUGGCUGGAAAUCUCUGCACUUGUCCUUAUGGUUUUGUAGGACCAAGGUGUGAAACAACAGUUUGUAACAGGCACUGUGAAAAUGGAGGCAAGUGCCUUACACCAGAUGUUUGCCAGUGCAAGCCUGGCUGCUAUGGACCCACCUGUAGCAUAGCUUUGUGUGACCCGGUUUGCCUCAAUGGUGGUUCCUGUAAUAAGCCAAACACUUGCCUCUGUCCAAAUGGAUUCUUUGGUGCACAGUGUCAGAAUGCUAUCUGUCACCCUCCCUGUAAGAAUGGUGGUCACUGCAUGAGAAAUAACGUGUGUGCCUGUCCUCAAGGAUAUACACUGGUAGGAGAUGCUAAAAGUAUCUGUGAUCCCAUAUGCAUUAAUGGAGGAAAGUGCGUGGGACCAAGUCUUUGCUGUUGUCCUUCUGGCUGGACAGGGAAACAAUGCAACACACCUAUCUGCUUUCAGAAAUGUAAAAAUGGUGGUGAGUGUAUUGCUAUCAUAUGCCAUUGUCCUACGACAUGGGAAGGAGCACAGCGUCAAAUACCAAUCUGCUAUCAAAAGUGUCUUUAUGGAGGCAGAUGCGUACUCCCCAACAUAUGUUCUUGCUGCACUGGAUAUACUGGAGUCAAACGUGAAAAGAAAAUACAGAUAAAACACCAUUGAGUAGUAUCAAGUAUAAGAAUGGAAAUUUUUAUUCAGAAAACAUUGAAGUUAACUACUUGAAGUUUAUUUGAACAUCAUUUUUAAAGCUAUUUUAAAGGCUGAAGAAACUAAUAAAUACAG